UGGCGGAAGUGUGAUAGUAAAGAGUGUGGAUUCGUUUUUUAGUCCCCAAGUUUUAGCUGUUAUUGCUAUCUAUGUAGAAAUAACGCGUUUAUGGGGCUUGUUACAUACGCAGUAAAUUAUAGUGCAACGUUCCUCCUGCAGUGGACAAGUCACUGUUUAGCUAAUGCUAGCUAGCUAACGUUAAUUGCUGGUAAUAAUAUACAUAACAUGGACAGUUUUGUUACACCUGGUUCCAUGGAGGCCAUCUCUUCGGUUUACCUUACAUCCGCAGGAAAAAGGGACGGAGACACGGAGACAGACACCUCGCGGGAGAUGAAAACUCACUUUCGUGUGUGUCGGUUCAUCAUGGAAACGGGUGUGAAGUUGGGGAUGCGUUCGGUUCCCGUGGCGACGGCGUGUGUAUUGUACCAUCGUUUUUUCCAAUGUGUCAGUGUGUCGCUGUAUGAACCCUACCUGGUGGCUAUGAGCUGCAUUUACCUGGCUGGCAAGGUGGAGGAGCAGCACCUCCGCACCCGUGACAUCAUCAACGUUUGCCACAGGUACUUCCAUCAUAGUAGUGACCCACUGAGCUGUGACAGUGAAUUCUGGGACCUCCGGGACAGUGUAGUGCAGUGUGAACUCCUGGUUCUUCGACAGCUCAACUUCCACGUUUCCUUCCAACAUCCACACAAGUACCUCCUCCACUAUCUACUUUCAGUAAAGUCGUUAGUGAAUCGUCAUGCCUGGUCCAGGACACCCGUUGCGGAGACCAGCUGGGCGUUGCUCAGGGACUGUUACCAUGGCACCAUGUGUGUGCGUCAUGCCCCUCAGCACAUUGCCAUAGCAACAUUGUACCUGGCACUGCACAGCUAUGGAGUGGAGCUACCUGUUGGACAGAGGGAAUGGUGGCAGGUGCUUUGUGAAGAUGUAACUAAGGAACACAUUGAUGCCAUCAUCUCUGACCUCCUCCACCUUUAUGACAUGGAGGCCAAAUGGACCUGAGGAGGAAGGGAGGACCUGAGGAGGCGGGGAGGACCUGGGAUGAAGAAAGGGAGAAGACCUGGGAGGAAGAGGGGAGGACC